AUGGCUAUUACCAAAUUUUACAGUACUGUGUUCCUACAAUUUAGUUCUAAUGCCGUUAACCUCCAAGCUACAGGUUAUACAAUAACUAGUUCUAAUGCCGUUAAGCUCCCAUCUCCAGGUUAUACAAUAACUAGUUCUAAUGCUGUUAACCUCCUAGCUACAGGUUAUACAAUAACUAGUUCUAAUGCUGUUAACCUCCCAGCUACAGGUUAUACAAUAACUAGUUCUAAUGCCGUUAACCUCCCAGCUCCAGGUUAUACAAUAACUAGUUCUAAUGCUGUUAACCUCCCAGCUACAGGUUAUACAAUAACUAGUUCUAAUGCUGUUAAGCUCCUAGCUCCAGGUUAUACAAUAACUAGUUCUAAUGCUGUUAACCUCCCAGCUCCAGGUUAUACAAUAACUAGUUCUAAUGCUGUUAACCUCCCAGCUCCAGGUUAUACAAUAACUAGUUCUAAUGCUGUUAAGCUCCCAGCUACAGGUUAUACAAUAACUAGUUCUAAUGCUGUUAACCUCCCAGCUACAGGUUAUACAAUAACUAGUUCUAAUGCUGUUAACCUCCCAGCUACAGGUUAUACAAUAACUAGUUCUAAUGCUGUUAACCUCCUAGCUACAGGUUAUACAAUAACUAGUUCUAAUGCUGUUAACCUCCCAGCUACAGGUUAUACAAUAACUAGUUCUAAUGCUGUUAACCUCUCAGCUCCAGGUUAUACAAUAACUAGUUCUAAUGCUGUUAACCUCCCAGCACCAGGUUAUACAAUAACUAGUUCUAAUGCCGUUAACCUCCCAGCUACAGGUUAUACAAUAACUGGUUCUAAUGCUGUUAAGCUCCCAGCUCCAGGUUAUACAAUAACUAGUUCUAAUGCUGUUAACCUCCUAGCUCCAGGUUAUACAAUAACUAGUUCUAAUGCUCUCCAGGUUUAUACUAUAACUAGUUCUAAUGCUGUUAAACUCCCAGCUUCAGGUUAUACUAUAACUAGUUCUAAUGCCGUUAACCUCCCAGCUUCAGGUUAUACUAUAACUAGUUCUAAUGCUGUUAACCUCCCAGCUCCAGGUUAUACUAUAACUAGUUCUAAUGCUGUUAACCUCCCAGCUCCAGGUUAUACUAUAACUAGUUCUAAUGCUGUUAACCUCCUAGCUUCAGGUUAUACUAUAACUAGUUCUAAUGCUGUUAACCUCCCAGCUCCAGGUUAUACUAUAACUAGUUCUAAUGCUGUUAACCUCCCAGCUCCAGGUUAUACUAUAACUAGUUCUAAUGCUGUUAAACUCCCAGCUUCAGGUUAUACUAUAACUAGUUCUAAUGCUGUUAACCUCCCAGCUCCAGGUUAUACUAUAACUAGUUCUAAUGCUGUUAACCUCCUAGCUUCAGGUUAUACUAUAACUAGUUCUAAUGCUGUUAAACUCCCAGCUUCAGGUUAUACUAUAACUAGUUCUAAUGCUGUUAACCUCCCAGCUCCAGGUUAUACUAUAACUAGUUCUAAUGCUGUUAACCUCCCAGCUCCAGGUUAUACUAUAACUAGUUCUAAUGCUGUUAAACUCCCAGCUUCAGGUUAUACUAUAACUAGUUCUAAUGCUGUUAACCUCCCAGCUCCAGGUUAUACUAUAACUAGUUCUAAUGCUGUUAACCUCCCAGCUCCAGGUUAUACUAUAACUAGUUCUAAUGCUGUUAACCUCCCAGCUCCAGGUUAUACUAUAACUAGUUCUAAUGCUGUUAACCUCCCAGCUCCAGGUACUACUCCUCUAUAUGACAUGAAGGAUUCUGUAGUGUAAUAUGAUGUCAUUAUAUUGUAAUAAAGAUAAAAUACUAUAGUUUAUCAAAUUGUACCCUGUGUUAUAUAUAGGAAUAAAUUGAAAGACGGCAGCAGAAUAUAUAUAAUACAUUAGUAACUUGACAUACUUAGUUCUGAUUACAAUCAUGAUUGUAUAAUAAUUUGUAAGUUUGAGCAUUUGUGUUGAAAGAAAGACAAAUGAAAAUGUUUGUUGUUAUUUCCUUCCAUACAUUAAAGCUGCAUUUUAGAAAUUUCAUGAUUAUAACAGUAAUAUCUACAUUUCAUUAAUAAAAUUGGGUUCAUAUCAA